AUGCAGGCCACUGGCGACAAGUUCCUGCCGAUCCAUGAACUCGACAUCGAUGGCAAGACCCGGCGGGACUUCUGGUACUCCAGCUACGGAAACGAGUUCGUGAACUUCUCCGCCAAGCCGCACAUCGACUCUGUCAAGUGGCGGAAGCGCCAUGGCCAUAAGCUCAUCAAGAGCUUUUUGAAGGACCUGGGCGGGGCCCCGCAUGGGACGCGGUCGACUGGAGACCUUCACCGAACGCUGCCUCUUGGCCUGGUAGGGACCGACCAGGAGACUAUGCGAAGGCUUGCGGGCAACCCGCUUUAG